ACACUCUUACUCCUAUGGGCAAUUUAGCCUCCUGCAUGUCUUUGGACUGUGGGAGGAAACCAGAGUGCCCAGAUGAAAUACAUGCGGACACAGGAAGAAUGUGUAAACUGUACGCAGAAUAAGAACACAGGGCCUUCUUGCUGUGUGGUGACAGUGCUAUCCACUGUACCACCUUGCUUCCCCCAAGUAUAAAAACAGGGUUAAUGAAAUGAAGAUGAACGGCUUGGCAGCUGCAGAUUGUUCAGAGUCACUGCUACAAGCUUACCAGGCAAUUGCCAGUUUUUGGCCAGUAAAAAUUAUCCAAGAAAUGGAAAAUCUUCCAGAAAUUCUUCCCAGCUAAAUAACUAAAUAUUUAUAAGUUUGAGCCUAUAUAAUGGCUCUUUCAAAUUCUAAUUUCACUUAUCUCAAAAGCAAUUGCAAUUUGUCAUUAUCACCCCAAAUCACAGUCCAGCAGGCUCUAUUGGCAUGAAGCAUCUACUAUCCAAAAUGAAAGAUUAUGUUGUUACACCUGCCUGCCUGCCUGCACACAUUGAUAAUAGGAAUUUCCAGAACUUUACUCAAUUAUUCAGUAAACAGACCCUUCCAAAACUCAGGUUAAUAUCUAGCUGUGUGGUGGACUCCUCUGCAGUUGGCUCAGUUUCAGGGUUGCCUGGAUUGUCACCCAAUUUCUGUGCUGUUUGUUUGCUUGUUGUGCAUUUUUAUGUGAGAGAGACCAGUUUUUCCAAGAGACAGAUAAUUUGCUGGAAUACGCAGGAUCAUAGGGCAGCAGUAGAAAAAGUGGUAUGCACCAAAGAGGAACAGAAGAUCCUGCAGAGAGACUCCAACAAAAGCCAGAAACUGCGAAAGAAACUGAUGAGUGACCAUGUCCGGCAGAGUGAUACUGCAGAGAAGGAAAUCCUGCCGCAUGAAGAGGAACAGAUGAAAGUGGGGCUGGAGAAAGCACUCCAACACAGAGACAAGCUGUUGGAAUUCGACAAGAACAGUGUGCAGCGUACACAGGUGCUGGAUGAUGAAUCGGACUACUUCUCUACCGACUCCAACCAGUGGCUUUCCCCAGGGGAGAGGGAGGCUCUGUGUAGGCGCGAGAUGGAACUUUUGGAGCUGCGCCACGCAUCUCGCAAGGCUAGGAAGAUCACAUUGGACUUUGCUGGCCGACAGGUGCUAGAAGAGGGAGAAAGCCUGAACCAGUACUACAGCAGAUUUGAUGAAGCUGUCCAGGCCAUCAACACAGGAACCAUGGUGACCAUGUCUCAACAGCCUGACAACCCUCCACUCAGAGAACUACUCAACCCCAACAUCCUGCAGACUGCACCCCAGUGGGUAGACAUGGGCCACCGUGAAAUACCGCAGAAGCCUCAGGGAACAGUUGUGGCCAGCGAGGCAGGGCUAGGCCGCGCUCAGUUGCGACUGCAAGACCGAGAGCUGCAGGAGAUGUUCGAUGGGGGCUGGUGCCUCAGCAUGCAUCAGCCCUGGGCCUCACUACUCAUCACGGGAAUCAAGAGGGUGGAGGGCAGAUCAUGGUACACCACUCACAGGGGUCGUCUAUGGAUUGCUGCUGCUGCCAAGAGACCCACCCCCCAGGAGAUCAGCCAUGUGGAGUACCAAUACCGCCAACAGUACAGGACAGAGCUGCAGUUCCCCAGACAAUACCCCACUGGCUGCUUGCUGGGGUGUGUCAGUAUGACUGACUGCCUGUCCCAGGAGCAAUACAAAGAACAGUUUCAUGAAACCUGUGAGGAUUCCAGCUCUCCUUUUAUGUUCAUCUGUUCUCAGCCACAAGAGUUGUUAAUCAAAUUUCCCAUGAAGGGAAAACACAAGAUAUGGAAGUUGGACAGUCAGCUCCACCAGGGUGCGCGGAAAGGCCUGAUGCCAUCACCCAACUUGUGUGCCUGAGAGAGCGAGGGACCAGCCAUGGCACAACAGGAUUUUGGGAUAUUUAAUCAGCUCUUGCAACAGUGCUUCACACCUGGACCUAUCACUGUCAUCUGCGCACACCUGGGCCAGAUCAGAGUCAAAAACAGAGCCAGUCUCAACACUUGUACAACCUUGUAUGUGGGCAUAUCCUACACCUGGCUGUAAUUGGCUGCGAGUGUGUGCCCCACAGAUGUGCUGAGAUUUCUUUGUUGGCUGUUUUGUGUUAAAUUUUAAAAUAAAACAAUUUUAAAAUGAAUUGAUGAAAAAUGUAAAUAAAUAGGAAAAUGAAAGGUCAA